UUUCACUGAAAUAUUUUGUGUUAAAAUUCGGGACUUUUUCUAGAGAUAUAAAGAGGAUAGCGACAGAAGACUUUCUCACUUUAUUUUUCUUUGUUUUAAAUCUUGCCCCGUCUCCCCAGCCCGGCCCAGCCCAGCCCUCUCUGCCUAAGGGCCUCAUAGCUGAACCGCGCUAUGCACAUUUGGCCCGCGCGUUUUAAAAAGGGUAUUCUUUAUCACCGUCAGGUCAUUUAAUUUCAUUUUGCAGUUAUUCCGACAUUCAUUUGGAUCUUUCUGUAAGGGAGGCUGUGUCAUAAAUUAUGAAGACUUUAGCCCAAUCAAUAAAACCAUGAAUUUUUUUUUUUUUUUUUUUAACUUUUGGCCGGUCACUCAUUAUGAUGUAUGUCCUCCUUGCCGGCAGUUGUGCUAAGAAGUGGGAAUACAAGGACGAUUGAGAUACUAUUUUUUAAUGUAUUUAUCCCAUACCAAAUUGCCUUAGUCAUCCUUAUCCAGUUGUUAAUUUUAUAAGACCAUCAGAUAACCUGGAUCUGCAACUAAAUGAAACAUUUUUGAAAAAUUCAAUGCCCCGGUAAACUAAAUUUCACGCAAUUAUUUCUAUAAUUGCUACAAAAUUUGUUGAACGUGGUGAAUGAAUGAAAAUGAGCUAGGCAUCAAAUAAUGUCAUCUGAAAUAUUGCCAGCAUUUAGUGAGACUUCUAAUGUUGAAAGAAAGCAAGACUUAAAUGAAGACCAAGAGGAGAAUCAGAAACCAGGAUUAGGUGAAGGGUUUGAACCAAUAUCUAAACGGCAAAUGAAGAAGCUAAUGAAACAGAAACAAUGGGAAGAACAAAGAGAACUCCGCAAACAAAAGAGGAAGGAAAAACGCAAGAGAAAGCAAUUAGAGCGACAGUGUCAACUGGAAUCAAACUCAGAAGGAAGUGACAGAAAACGUAUUCGAAGAGACGUUGUUUACAGCCCACUCCGCCUUAUCAUUGACUGCAGUUUUGAUAGCUUGAUGGUAUUAAAGGACAUUAAGAAACUUCAUAAGCAGAUUCAACGAUGUUAUGCAGAAAAUCGACGAGCACUGCAUCCUGUGCAGUUUUACUUGACAAGCCAUGGAGGCCAGUUGAAAAAGAACAUGGAUGAAAAUGACAAAGGAUGGGUCAACUGGAAGGAUAUCCACAUCAAACCAGAGCACUAUAGUGAAUUCAUACAGAAAGAAGACCUGGUUUAUCUUACAUCAGAUUCACCUAAUGUACUAAAGGAAUUAGAUGAAUCAAAGGCCUAUGUGAUUGGAGGAUUAGUAGAUCACAACCAUCACAAGGGACUCACGUAUAAACAAGCAUCAGAACAUGGAAUUGAUCAUGCACAGCUCCCUCUUGGAAAUUUUGUGAAGAUGAAUAGUAGAAAAGUUUUGGCAAUUAAUCAUGUGUUUGAGAUUAUUCUGGAAUACCUAGAAACAAGAGACUGGCAAGAAGCAUUUUUCACUAUCUUACCCCAAAGAAAAGGAGCUGUUCCCACAGACAAAGCCUGUGAAAGUUCUUCACAUGACAAGAAGUUCACCAGAGUUGAAGGUGGAUUGAACAGUGAUUCCAGUGAGGAGGAAAAUAGAAAUGAACUAGAUUCACCACAUAAGGAAGAAAAGCAGGAUAAAGAAAAUAGCACUGAAUCUACAGUGAACUCUAUACUACACUAAUGUCAUUUUUUUUAAGUUUAAGGAAAAUUAGGAGAAAAUAUAGAAUUUCAUACAAUAUUUCAUAGAAUAUUUGAAAUGGAAGAAACUUUCAUUUUCUCUUAUUUCUGUUGUGAAUUUUUUAAACUUUCUUUUUUUAGAACUAAGUGAUAAAAAGCACUAAAAAAGCAUUUUUUUGUUUUUGCAUAAGAUUUAAAUGUGUAAUUUAAAAAAUAAUUUUCUAAGCCUCAAAUAAGCAUUUCUUGAGAAUUUUACCUUAUUAGUAAACCUUCAUUCUCUUUUAUUUACAAGAUUGCAUUCUUCAGAAUGUGCCUUCUGACCUUUCAGUUUUAUUAUUAUAUGUUUAUAUCAAUGUCUUUCUGAUUUAUUGCCUACAUAUUUAUGGAGGCAGCUAUUCUGAAACUCCUUUAAGUCCACCAAAAUGUUCUGUAUGGGUGGUUACCUAUUUGCAGCUUUUAUAUUCAAUUUAGUUACUUCAAAGGAAUAUAGUGAUUCUAGGAAUAAGUGUUGGAUUGAGAAACUCAAGAAUUGAUUUCUUUUGGAGUACGGAGCCCAUCUCUGUUCUUCCUUUGUAAUGCCUUUGUGGUUCUAAAGCAAUCACUGAAGAGUUAAGACUCUCUUUAAUAUAUUUUCUUAAUUUCAAUAAUGAUGGUAAAUUAUUUCAAUUACAAAAUUUAAUUUUUCAGGCUAUAUUAUUUUAAAAGGCUGUUGAAGGAUCAAUUUUGUCAUUACCCAAAUUUAAAAAGAAACAGUUCUUAAAAAGAAAAACAAAAAUGUAGCUCUUAGCAGCUAUUCUUUUCCUUCCAUAUGUACUUCUUUACAAUAAAAUAUAUUGGUUCUUAAGCAAAUAAAGUUAACUUUAUAUGUGCAUCUGUCUACUAUCAUAUAAUAAUAUUCAAGCUAAUGUAAAUGUAUGUUUCUAUAAAUAAUAUAAGCAUAUAUGAAAAUAUGCAUGUAAUUGUAUAUACAUCUAUUUGUCCAUAUCAUGUAUGAUUCUGUUAUUAAUCAAUGAUAAUAGGAUUGAGUUGCCAUAUAUCUGUUUUAUUUGUGUGAAUGAUUGUGCUGAAUAUCACUAAGGAAUUUAAAUUUCAUAAAGUGCAAAAAUCCAUAACUCAACAUUUGUAUGAGGGCAUUGGCAAGGGAAGAUGGGGCUCGAAAAAGAUAUUUUAGUUCCUACCAGUAAAUGUAGAGCAAUUACGUUUAAA